CAGCGCCUCCCGGAGAGCCCUGCGGCCGCCCCACCGGGCCGAGCCCGGGCCGGCCAGUCUUGGGGCGGCUGCUCGGCCGUCGCCACCGCCACCCGAAAGGCUCGAUCGCCUAUAUGAAGAUCAAUGAUGCAGACUGCUGGGUUCGAUGAAGCUGGGCAUUUAUAACUAGAUUCAUUAAGGAAUACAAAGAAAAUAUUUAAAGGGAUCAAUAAUGGUGUCUUCUGGUUGCAGAAUGCGAAGUCUGUGGUUUAUCAUUAUAAUCAGUUUCUCACCGAAUACAGAAGGUUUCAGCAGAGCAGCCUUGCCAUUCGGGUUAGUUAGACGAGAACUGUCCUGUGAAGGUUAUUCUAUAGACCUGCGAUGUCCAGGCAGUGAUGUCAUCAUGAUUGAGAGUGCUAACUAUGGUCGGACAGACGACAAGAUCUGUGAUGCGGACCCCUUUCAGAUGGAGAACACAGACUGCUACCUCCCUGAUGCCUUCAAAAUCAUGACUCAAAGGUGCAACAAUCGAACACAGUGUGUAGUAGUUACUGGGUCAGAUGUAUUUCCUGACCCAUGUCCCGGAACUUACAAAUACCUUGAAGUUCAAUAUGAAUGUGUCCCUUACAUUUUUGUGUGUCCUGGGACCUUGAAAGCAAUUGUGGACUCACCAUGUAUAUAUGAAGCUGAGCAAAAGGCAGGUGCUUGGUGCAAGGACCCUCUUCAGGCUGCAGAUAAAAUUUAUUUUAUGCCCUGGACUCCUUACCGCACCGAUACUUUAAUAGAAUAUGCCUCUUUAGAAGAUUUUCAAAACAGCCGCCAGACAACAACAUACAAACUUCCAAACCGAGUAGAUGGUACUGGAUUUGUGGUAUAUGAUGGAGCUGUCUUCUUUAACAAAGAAAGAACAAGAAAUAUUGUGAAAUUUGACUUGAGGACUAGAAUUAAGAGUGGUGAGGCCAUAAUCAACUAUGCCAACUACCAUGAUACAUCACCCUACAGAUGGGGAGGGAAGACUGAUAUUGACCUGGCAGUGGAUGAAAAUGGCUUAUGGGUCAUUUAUGCCACCGAGCAGAACAAUGGAAUGAUAGUGAUUAGCCAGCUAAAUCCAUACACUCUUCGAUUCGAAGCAACAUGGGAGACGGUGUAUGACAAGCGUGCAGCGUCCAAUGCUUUCAUGAUAUGUGGAGUUCUCUACGUGGUCAGGUCAGUGUACCAAGACAAUGAAAGUGAAGCAGGCAAGAACACAAUUGACUACAUUUACAACACGCGGUUAAGCCGGGGAGAAUAUGUGGACGUUCCUUUCCCCAACCAGUAUCAGUACAUUGCUGCAGUGGAUUACAAUCCAAGAGACAACCAACUCUACGUAUGGAAUAAUAACUUUAUUUUACGGUAUUCUCUGGAGUUUGGUCCACCUGACCCUGCCCAAGUGCCUACCACAGCUGUGACAAUAACUUCUUCAGCUGAGCUCUUCAAAACCACAGUGUCGACCACAAGCACUACUUCCCAGGGAGGCUCCGUGAGCACCACAGUAGCUGGACCUCAGGAAGGAAGCAGAGGGACAAAGCCACCUCCAGCGGUUUCUACAACCAAAAUUCCUCCUGUAACAAAUAUUUUUCCCCUGCCAGAGAGAUUCUGCGAAGCAUUAGAAACGAAGGGGAUAAAGUGGCCUCAGACACAAAGGGGAAUGAUGGUUGAACGACCCUGUCCCAAGGGAACAAGAGGAACGGCCUCGUAUCUCUGCAUGGCUUCCACAGGAACAUGGAACCCUAAGGGCCCUGAUCUCAGCAACUGCACCUCUCACUGGGUGAAUCAGCUGGCUCAGAAGAUCAGAAGUGGAGAAAAUGCUGCAAGUCUAGCCAAUGAACUGGCUAAGCACACCAAGGGGUCCGUGUUUGCCGGGGAUGUGAGCUCCUCAGUGAGACUGAUGGAGCAGUUGGUGGACAUCCUUGAUGCUCAGCUGCAGGAGCUGAAACCUAGUGAGAAGGAUUCCGCUGGGCGGAGUUACAACAAGCUCCAAAAACGAGAGAAGACAUGCAGGGCUUACCUUAAGGCAAUUGUUGACACAGUGGACAACCUCCUGAGACCCGAGGCUUUGGAUUCCUGGAAACACAUGAAUUCUUCUGAGCAAGCACACACAGCCACGAUGUUACUGGAUACAUUGGAAGAAGGAGCAUUUGUUCUAGCAGACAAUCUCUUGGAACCAACCAGGGUUUCAAUGCCCACAGAAAAUAUUGCUCUGGAAGUUGCUGUACUCAGUACCGAAGGGCAGGUCCAAGACUUUAAAUUCCCUCUGGGCAUCAAGGGGGCCGGCAGCUCCAUCCAGCUCUCCGCAAACACUGUCAAGCAGAACAGCAGGAACGGGCUGGCAAAGCUGGUGUUCAUCAUUUACCGUAGUCUGGGGCAGUUCUUGAGUACUGAGAAUGCGACCAUAAAGCUGGGUGCAGACUUCAUGGGUCGUAACAGCACCAUUGCAGUGAACUCCCACGUCAUUUCCGUCUCCAUCAACAAGGAGUCCAGCAGGGUGUACUUGACAGACCCGGUGCUGUUCACGCUGCCGCACAUUGAUCCUGACAAUUAUUUCAAUGCAAACUGCUCCUUCUGGAACUACUCAGAAAGAACCAUGAUGGGAUAUUGGUCUACCCAGGGCUGCAAGCUGGUUGACACUAAUAAAACUCGCACAACAUGUGCAUGCAGCCACCUAACCAAUUUUGCUAUUCUCAUGGCCCACAGGGAAAUUUCAUAUAACGGAGUUCAUGAGCUGCUGCUGAAAGUCAUCACCUGGGUGGGCAUCGUCGUCUCCCUCGUGUGCCUGGCUAUCUGCAUCUUCACCUUCUGUUUCUUCCGAGGUUUACAGAGUGACCGCAAUACUAUCCACAAGAACCUUUGUAUCAACCUUUUCAUUGCUGAAUUUAUUUUUCUCAUAGGCAUUGAUAAGACAGGCUACUCGAUUGCAUGCCCUGUGUUCGCAGGGCUUUUGCACUUUUUCUUUCUAGCAGCUUUUUCUUGGAUGUUCCUAGAAGGUGUUCAGCUCUACUUAAUGUUAGUUGAAGUUUUCGAGAGCGAAUAUUCAAGGAAGAAAUAUUAUUAUGUCGCCGGAUACUUGUUCCCUGCCACCGUGGUUGGUGUUUCGGCUGCUAUUGACUAUAAGAGCUAUGGGACAGAAACGGCUUGCUGGCUUCACGUUGAUAACUAUUUCAUAUGGAGUUUCAUUGGGCCUGUUACCUUCAUUAUUCUGCUAAAUAUUAUUUUCCUGGUGAUCACGCUGUGCAAAAUGGUGAAACAUUCAAACACUUUGAAACCAGAUUCUAGCAGGUUGGAAAACAUUAAGUCUUGGGUGCUUGGCGCGUUUGCCCUUCUGUGUCUGCUGGGCCUAACCUGGUCCUUUGGGUUUCUUUUUGUUAAUGAGGAGACUGUUGUGAUGGCAUAUCUCUUCACCACCUUUAAUGCUUUCCAGGGACUGUUCAUUUUCAUCUUCCACUGUGCUCUUCAAAAGAAAGUACGAAAAGAAUAUGGCAAGUGCUUCAGACACUGGUACUGCUGUGGCGGCCUCCCGACCGAGAGCCCCCACAGCUCUGUGAAGGCGUCAACCACCCGCACCAGUGCGCGCUACUCCUCUGGCACACAGAGUCGUAUAAGGAGGAUGUGGAAUGACACCGUGAGGAAACAGUCUGAAUCUUCUUUUAUCUCAGGUGACAUCAAUAGCACUUCUACCCUUAACCAAGGAAUGACUGGCAAUUACCUACUAACAAACCCUCUUCUUCGACCCCACGGCACUAACAACCCCUAUAACACAUUGCUCGCUGAAACAGUUGUAUGUAAUGCCCCUUCAGCUCCUGUGUUUAACUCACCAGGACAUUCACUGAACAAUGCCAGGGACACAAGUGCCAUGGAUACUCUACCGCUAAAUGGUAACUUCAACAACAGCUACUCACUGCGCAAGGGGGACUACCACGACGGGGUGCAGGUCGUGGACUGUGGACUAAGUCUGAAUGACACGGCGUUUGAGAAAAUGAUCAUUUCCGAGUUAGUGCAUAACAACCUCCGGGGUGGCAGCAAAGCCCACAACCUGGAGCUCAAGCUCCCGGUGAAACCCGUGAUCGGUGGCAGCAGCAGCGAAGAUGACGCGAUCGUGGCCGACGCCUCAUCUUUGAUGCAUGGCGACAACCCAGCGCUGGAGUUCCGCCACAAAGAGCUGGAGGCCCCGCUCAUCCCUCAGCGGACUCACUCGCUUCUGUACCAACCCCAGAAGAAAGUGAAGCCAGAGGCAACCGACAGCUACGUCUCCCAGCUGACGGCCGAGGCUGACGACCACCUCCAGUCCCCCAACAGAGACUCUCUGUACACGAGCAUGCCCAACCUAAGAGACUCUCCCUACCCGGAGAGCAGCCCCGACAUGGCAGAGGACCUGUCUCCCUCCAGGAGGAGUGAGAACGAGGACAUUUACUAUAAAAGCAUGCCAAAUCUUGGAGCUGGCCGCCAGCUCCAGAUGUGCUACCAGAUCAGCAGAGGCAAUAGUGAUGGUUACAUCAUCCCCAUUAACAAAGAAGGGUGCAUCCCGGAGGGGGACGUCAGGGAAGGACAGAUGCAGCUGGUAACGAGUCUUUAAUAGUCCAGCCAUGCCUAGG